CGCAAGAUACCGUAUUUUAGGAUUAUACCAUUAACAGAGAAUUGAAGCCCGGUUCACAUCUGCUUAUGAAGAAUAUUUGUAUAGAAAAACAAUCUGCACUUGUGGUUUGUGAACUUGUGACACAUUCUUCUAAAAAUAAUUUUUGGGAAGCGGCCAGUUCUUUUGUCAUGACUAGUCUAACAGAUAAUUGUCAAAGUAAUGACCUCAAUAGCACACAUCCUAUGGAGAUUGAAUUAAAGUUUCCUCUUGAUACAGGAGUUAAUUCAAUGCAAAUGCUAUUUACUGGUUAUUUCAAUGGACUGGGAGUUGAGGUGAAAUCGUUUGAGGAGAUUGGCUUCUUAUACCAUAUGGGAUGUUUUGGAAAAGGCAGCAUGUCCAGGUCUCAGCCUGCCAUGAUACAGACAGAUGAACUACCCUGUAUGAUGCGUAAGAGACAGUUUCAAAAAAGAAAUUACUGGUACAAGAGAUUUUUGAGCUCACAACAAAAUAAAGAUGGUGAUUUAUUUUUCAAACAUGUUGAUGAACUUAUGUCUAAAUUAGUUCGGGAUGGUAAACAAAAAACUGCUAGGGAGGUAAUUGAUUUAGUUUCAACUGAUGAAGAGGAAGAGUCUUUAGAAGAUUGUAGUUUAAAUAGUCAAUUAGACUACAAUUUUAUAAAUAAGGAAAAUGUAGCAGUCAUUGUGCCAAACAGUGAUUCAGAAGAUGAUGAUUACUUUUCCACAAUGAAGCCAAAGAGCUGCUUAAAUAAAGUAAAAAUUGAAGAAAAGCUGAUGUUGUCUCUGCAGGAAUCAUUCUACCUUGUCUAUGCACUGGAAUGUUUACAAGUUUUAAGUUUAGAAAACCAAAUCAUGAGUACACAACAAUGUUGGGAUUUAUUUUGUGAAACAGAGAAGUGUUUUUUAGAAAAGUAUGUGGUGUACCAUUAUCUGAGAUCUAAGGGUUAUGUGGUGAAGCCUGGAAUCAAAUUUGGUGGAGAUUACUUACUUUACAGAGAGGGCCCAGGGAUAAAUCAUGCAGAUUAUAUUGUUGUUGUAAAGUGUGGAGAUGAUCAAUUUGAUUGGAUCUCAAUAUUAGGUCAUGUGCGUAUGGCAAAUACUACAGUCAAGGAGGUAAUGAUAGUCGAGGUAGUCAAGUCUUCCAAAGAGGAUAUAAAAUUACCGAAUGAUCUUGGUGAAUAUUCUGUCCGAGAAAUAAUCUUGACAAGAAACAUUCCAGCAACAAUAAAUAAUGAUGAUGAAUAAUCUUUUAUUUAUAUUUACAU